CCACGCCUAGCAGCAGUGCUGCGUCUGGUUCGAUUCCCGGCGGUCAACCAGCAGCGCAACAACAACCAUCGACUUCAAUCGUUCCCCAAUCCCAAACCCAAGCCCAGCCACAGCAAGUGCAACAGCAACAGUAAACAAACAUUUUCCGACUUUAACGAUGGUUUGCAUAGUACCGACCUGUGGCGUGGAGCAAUCCAGUGGAGAUCGAAUGCGGAAGCUACCUCGACAUCCGGAACUGGCACAUCGAUGGCUGCAGGCAAUAGAGAUUGGCUGUCAGCAGCAAAACAUUCCAUGGGAUCGUGAGAAUUGGAUGUCAUGGGAGAUUUGCGACACUCACUUCGAUGAACACAAUCCUCUAUACUCUUCCGGAUGGUAUCUUGAACCUUUAAGAUUUUACAACAGUUCAGGAGAAGCCUUAACUGUAACGUCAUGCCGACUUUGCUUACAAUUUUAUCAGUAUAAUGAAGUUAUAGAUUAUGUGGAUUAUUAUAUGAAACUACGUUCUCCUGAAUUGUUCAAUUUGAGGUCAAUUAACAAACUAGUUGCCUCAAGUAAAAAUCUUUCCAGAUUUAUUUGCCUGGAAUGUGCUGCCAAACUUGAUAUACUCCAAUCGGUUCUUCUAUUUUUCGAUCAUUCUUAUAAGUGUUUUGAAUCUCUGGAAGAAUCUCUUCACUUGAUGAAUCACGACAACAACUUGAAAUCUGAAAUUGAAAAUGGCCUUACUGAAGGCUCGUUUUUAGAAGAAGAUAGACAGUUACAGCUGGAAACAAGUGAAAUCACCAUCAAAGAUGAAAUUCCUGAUGAUAAAACGACCGACUAUGAUCAGGAGACAGAAAUUGCAACUGAUGAAACGAUCACCAAAGCUGAAGGUCUACUAUCUGUUGAAUCUACUUCUAGUUUAAGAAACCACGAAAACUCAGUUGAAAAUAAAUCAACAGCGAUUGAAUCGUUCAGCUGCUCAGAUUGUGGUAAAUGUUACCCAACAAAACUUAAACUUAAACGACACAGAUGGGACAGACAUUCAACAACCCGUCCACUGGUAAUGUAUGAAUGUGAGCUAUGUAAAAUUAGGCAUACGAAGCUAUCUGACUUGGAAAGCCACAUAAAUCAGGAUCACGGUAGAGAAGAAUAUCCGUAUUUGUCGUGCAAGGAAUGUACGAAAACAUUUUCCUGCCGGAAAAGUCUCGUUCGUCACAGAUUAUGCCACACAGAGGGCAAACAUCGAUGUGACAUAUGCAACAAAUCGUUUAUUUUUAGAAACAAAAUGUUAAGGCAUCGUAGACAGCAUACCAAUGAACGGAACUACGAAUGCGAGAUUUGUCACAAAAAAUAUGUAACGAAAAGUACACUGAAACAUCAUCAUCUGGAAACUCAUACUGAUGAGCGAAAUUUCGCAUGCUUAUCCUGCGAUAAGAAGUUCCUUUUAAAGAGUCGUCUGGAUUAUCAUACUGCUAUACAUCACACAGAACCGACUUUAGAAUGUGAUAUAUGCAGUAAAUUGUUCAGUACUGAAAAUAGAUUGAAAAUCCAUCGUCGGACCCAUAUGGAAGCAUUGCCUGAAGAAGAACGUAUCGUCUUCGAAUGCAAUCAAUGUGGAAAAAAAUAUAGCAGAAAGUAUCAAUUGACAAAACAUCAAGCAGAUGUUCAUAACACAGAUCGUCCUUUCAAAUGUCCAAUAUGCGGAGAAGGUUUCAUAAAUGAUGAUUGUUUACGUUUGCACAUGCUGGUGCACGAUAACUUUAAGUGUGAUAUUUGUGCCGAAAAAUUUAACACCAAAGGCGGGUUGAAAGACCAUCUUGCACGUCACUCGGACGAGCAUAAUUUCUGUUGUAAUGUAUGCGGGAAAACCAUGAAAAAGAGAGACUCUUUGCGGGUGCACCUGUUGAGACACACGAAUGAACGCACAUUUGAAUGCGAAGAUUGUGGGAAAAAGUACAAAACAAAAGAUUGCUUGCGAAAUCAUCGUCGAAGAGCAUGUCGAACUGUUCCAGCUCCUCAGCAAUAGAUGGACACAGAUGUGUCCCGCCGUAAGCCUUUCGACAGUUAAGAAUUUAAAGUGAUUUAAGAACGGUUUUGUUUAUACCCCAAGUGAUUUGUAAAUUUAUUCAAUUUCUAACCAA